AUGAGCUCAACGAUUUCGAAGAAAGACUGCGCGGCGCUGGUGGCCUGUCUAGGCGGUGCUGUUGCCUCGUAUCAACUCUUAAAAUAUUUGUACUCCAAACAACAAAGAAAUCGCGAUGAUUGGGUGCCGAUUGGACGCGUGAAAACCCUGUACAUCUAUCCGAUCAAAUCGUGUAAAGCCAAACCGGUAUUCUCUUUGCAUUGUGGAUAUUUGUGUGCCACUUCUCACGAGAAUUUUGAUCGCAAAUUUUUAGUGACCGAUCCGAAUGGACACUUUUUCACCGGUCGAGUCAAACCGCAAUUGAUUUUGGUGGAGUCGGAUGUGAGAGACGGGAUUCUUUAUCUUUCGUAUGAAGGAGAAAAGGCUCAAGUACCGCUAAAUGGAAUCAAAGAGACAAAUUCGAUCAUUAAAGCAACUCUUUUCCGAGAUGAGCGACAGGAUGGCUUCGAUUGUGGAGAGGUGGCAGCGGAAUUUUUCACGAAAGUUCUCGGAGAACCCGCGCGUUUGGUGAUGCACGAGCCCGGAUUAUACACCGAGCGAAAAAUCACAACCAAAGAGGAUUGGUGGAACAACAAUGAGGUGCCGAAGAGGACGGAUGAUAAACCGUAUACAGACAACACUCCCUACAUGGUGACCACACAGGCGUCGCUUAAUGAUCUCAAUGAGAGACUCGACGAGAAAGUUGAGAGUGUACAAUUCCGUGCCAACAUCAUCGUCGAUGGAUGCCCGGCCUGGGACGAGGAUCGAUGGGCUGAAUUGAGAUUCGGUGAUCAACCGACAAAUGAUGCCCCGGAAAUGCAGUGCUAUCGACCGUGUGACAGGUGUAUCAUGACGACAAUCAACCCAGAAACUGGAGUCAGACAUCAACAAGAACCACUCAAGUCGUUGAGAGAAUUCCGAAUGCCGACAGGUCGAAUGGCGGGCGUGUUCAAAUCGCCGAUCUUCGGUGACAGACAGUGUGGGCGCGAUACAAAUCCUCUGCUUUCUAACCUUUGCAUCGACGUCGUCGACGAAGAAACACCGAAUUUCAAGUGUGCUGUUUUUUAUAUUUUC